AUGAACGCCCUUGUCUUUAUCACCGGAGCCACCGGCUUCAUUGGCUCACAGGUUGCCCUUGCUACGCUCGAAGCAGGCUAUCGUGUGCGUCUCUGUGUUCGCAAACCCGACCAAAAACAGCUUCUUGAAGAGCGGUACUCGAGAUUUGCAUCCAAGGUCGAAGUUGCCCUUUUGCCAGAUAUCACCAACACUUCUGCUUUCAUCGGCUUGCUGAAUGGAGUCGACUAUGUCUUCCAUCUGGCGUCUCCAAUGCCUGGAAAAGGCUCUGAUUUCCAGGCCGACUAUGUCCGUCCAGCGGUAGAAGCAACCCAAGCGAUUCUGCACGCUGCUUUGCGUUAUCCCCAGAUUCAAAAGGUCAUUAUCAUGUCCUCGGUUCUGGCCUUGCUGCCCCCGACGGCAGCCGGCUCUCCCAGUGUUUCGGUAAAAGGUGAGCGUUCUAUCUUCUCAGGAAAGGAAAGAGACCAUAGGCUAACACAACACUUCCCAGACAACACCGGAGAAGUCAUUCCAAUCGAACUCGAUAUGUCAUUUCCAGAAGGAUUCAUGGGAGAAGGAGUAAAGUAUUCCGCGUCCAAAGUCCUCGCCCACCAAGCAACGCGAGACUUCCUAAAGCAAUUCAAACCCCAAUACACGCUCCUCACCUUCCAUCCAACCUUUGUGCUAGGUGACAGUCUCAUACAGGAGAGCGCCAAAGACAUCGACGGCAUGAAUGCCUUUUUCUGGUCGUCGCUCUUUUCAGAGAAGCCAGGUCUCAAGAAUGCCUGGGUUCAUGUUCGGGAUGUUGCUGAGGCUCAUGUCAAAGCACUGCGUGUCUCUAUUGAAACAGGCACUGAGUUUAUUCUGUCCGCUCCUCCGGUGAGCUGGGAUCAAGCUGUCGAGCUGAUCAAGAGAGAUUAUCCUCAGGUGGGGUGUAAGAUUCAGUCGCCUGUGGAGGGCGGAUGGAAUGUUGAUACUUCGAGUGCGGACCGUCUUUUGAUGAUCAAUUGGAGAUCGAUGGAAACGAUUAUCAAAGAUGUUCUUGAUCAACAAUUGGGGUUUGAAGAGAGGGAGUGA